AUGGCUCACAGAUUGUCAUCGAAUGGGAAGCGAUUGAAGAGGUUUUCCGUUGAAUACUACAGAGAAGUGUUGAGUGCGUGGAAGACAGGCGACGACAAUAUCACCGCAACUCAUGAGUCGGCGAUCAACACGUGUGCCGGCGAUCAUCACCGCAACGGUUCCACGAGAGCUACUGAUGAUCACGUGAUAGGCAUCGAUGUUGACGACAGCGGCGGUAGUAGUGGCCAUCAGUCGCCGGCAGACGAGUCGUUGGAAUCGAUACCCGAAUCGCCACUCAUUGUCGAGAAGCGGUUCAGUGAUAGACAACCGCCGAAGACAUCGAAAGGAGUCACAAAAGGCACCAAAAAUCGCUGUUUGGCCGCAGAAUUCAUACACUUCGAGGCGGACGUGGAGUUGGAUUCGAGUGAAGCCUUUGUGGACGACAUCGAAGACACGCAGAGAGAGCUCCUGGAGAUGGGGUCUGACUUGAGUUGCGUUACGAGUCAAGAGGUGGUCGACAGUCAGCCCAUCGGACAACUCAUCGGUGGUAUCGACAGCAGGAGUGCCGAAGACAUGAGAUCU